AUAUUAAUCCUUGAGCAAAUAUAAUUUUAUUUUCUAGUAUUUAAAAUGUUAUAUGAGGAUAAGGGCCACCGCCCACCGACUUCUCACUCUUCUGCGUUUCAUAAGCUGGUGCUACGUGGCGAACGGUGGUUUUAUUAGGAUGUUCUACGUGGCGUGAUAAUAGAAGACCAGCAAAUUUCAGCAUGCAACGUGUCACCGCAAACAAUACUAAAUCAACUCAUAUAUAUAUAUAUAUAUGCACCUCCGUCGUGCUUAACAAAAUCAACAACAACAAAAAACAAUCGAAUUGCUACUGUAAUUGUAUUUGUAUACCGAUCGAUUCAGAUAAUCACUGGAAGUAGGGGAAAAAGAAUGGCGUCAAGGCAACCGGCGAGGGAGGAGAGAGCUGAAGCGGCUGCGAGAGUCGCCGCCGACGAGCUCAGCCAGGUGAAUAAAGAAAGAAGGGCGACGGAGAAGGAAGUUAUAGUAACGGAGAAACAGCCGGAGUACUACCACCAGACGGAAGUCCGGCAGGAAGAGAGGGGUCCCGGCGUGAUUGGCAGCUUGAUUAAGACAGUUCAGGGUGCUAAGGAAGCUGUGAUGGGCAAGUCACACGAAGCUGCUGAUAGGACAACCGAGACGGCGGAGGAAGCCGCCGCGAGGGCUAGGGAAGGGAAGGAUUCCACCGCGAAGAAGGCGGCGGAGUACAAGGAUUACACGGCGGGGAAAGCUGUGGAGACUAAGGACUCUGCGGCUGAGAAGGCGAAACAAGCCGCCGGAAAGGUGGGUGAGUAUAAGGGCUAUGCGGCGGAGAAGACAAAGGAAACCGCCGACGCUACGGCUGAGAAGGCGAAGCAGGCGAAAGAUACCACCGCCGGGAAAAUGGGGGAGUACAGAGACUAUGCGGCGGAGAAGACUAAAGAAACCGCCGACGCCACGGCUGAGAAGGCGAAGCAAGCUAAAGACACCACCGCCGGAAAGAUGGGAGAGUACAGAGACUACGCGGCGGAGAAGACAAAAGAAACGGCCGACGCUGCGGCUGAAAAAGCGAAGCAAGCUAAAGACACCACCGCCGCAAAGAUGGGGGAGUACAGAGACUACACGGCGGAGAAGGCAAAGGAGACGAAGGAUUACGCAGCCCAGAAAGCGAAGGAGACGAAAGAUGCGACGGUGGAGAAAGCAAAACAAGCCAAGGACACAACUGUACAGAAAUCUGCAGAAGCCAAAGAUGCAACAAUGGAGAAGGCCGGCGAGUAUAAGGAUUACACCGCCGAGAAAGCGAAAGAAGGGAAGGACACAACUGUAGGGAAGAUGACUGAGUUGAAGGACUCGGCGGCCGACGCGGCCAGGAGGGCUAUGGGUUAUUUGACCGGGAAGAAAGAGGAGACCAAACAGACGGCGGUGGAAACUGGUGAGGCUGCUAAAGAGAAGGCCGGCGAAACUGCAGAAGCCGCCAAGGAGAAGUACGAAGGGACGAAGGAAGAAACUAGAAGGAAGAUGGAAGAGAUGAGAAUUGAAGGAGAACAAAACAGGGCCGAUGCAGAGAGGUCGGAAGCCAGAGGCGGCGGCGGCGGAGGAAUAUUCGGAGCUUUGGGUGCUAUUAAAGAUAAGCUGACGCCGUACUCCACUGGUACUGCAGGGGCGGAAAAGGAGAAGGAGAAGGAGACGAGGGUUUCGUAUGGAGGCGUAGCAGAAGCGAAGGGGGGGCGGAGGCUGGCGGUGGAUGAGGAGGGAACUCCGGUGGUUAUGGAGGAGACUCCGGCGGGUGGGGUCGCUGCGACACUGAAAGCGACGGACCAGAUGACUGGGCAGGCGUUCAACGACGUCGGAGCGGUGGCGGAUGAGGGCGUGGCACGUGUACGGCUGGAUCGCCCCGGGAAGAUGUGAAUUUAACGUUUGUCCGUUGUCUGUUUGAAAAUUAACACAAAAAGAACUUUUUACUUGCAUAUGGUUAUUUUGCUUUUGGUUUUGCUUUUGCUUUUGUAUGUACUUCCGGACUGCGGGCCGGGCUUUUGAUUUGGGCUUUUGACUAGUCUUUGUUUCGGUUCAUCACCGGUUUAUAUAUCCGAUAAUAA